AAAACCAGCUACCUUCGAUUUAAGAUUUUCAGCCGCACAAAGUGAAAAACCUCUUCUUCUUUCUCACUUGCACACACGAAGUAAUUGGCAUCCCUCUUCUUUUUAAACUCUUUAGUCCCUCUGCUGUCUUUCACGAGACAGGAAGGGGGGAAGGGGGGCCGACGUUGGACAGGACUUCACUCGUCUUGAGUGGACUAUGCCCACUCUGUUCAUUGAGAGAGGGAGGGAGAGGGUCGGUGAGGGUGAGACGUACGCUCAUCAUCUUCUCAUUUGGAGAAAUCGCGGACUGAUAUCACAGUGGAGCGUUGGAGGUUCAUGCUAAAGAUGCAAACUUCAACCGCCUCAGCUGAAAACACAACAUCGCCUUCCAGCAUUACCAAAUCCAGAGAUCAAAUCCUCAUCCAGAGUUCUGGCGCGAUGAUCGCCGUCAUUGUCAUCGGCAUCAUCAUCAUUCUCACCAUUCUUCUCUUCAUCCUGAAGACAUACAACAAGCGGACCCACACAUCCCGACUCCUAGGAUCCGGUGGGGCUGCCAAACCGGCUAAGAAGACGCCCCAGUCUGCAGUUCCGACCGUCCCCAUGACCCCUGUCGGGGUCAACUCCGUGUCAGGCGGGGUUCCGUGUUCGAACCCCGGCUCAUCAGAGUGGCCCAGAACAGAAGUGAGCUCUGUAGACGGCACAACACAUGAGUUCAACACGACUAACGGAUCCACGACGGCAACCAUUCACCUCACGUCGGGAAACACGUAGCAUCCGCUAAAAAGGUUGACUGACACACCCGCCUUUAUAGAUUGAAUUCUGUGGAAACACAAUCUGGUUGUUAUUGUUAAUCAGAGACAGAAUGUGAACAAAAAGACAACACAAAAGGGCUUCAAGAAGGAUGUGAAUUGAGGCUGCUUUUGACUCAGUGUUUGCGCUAGUAGCGCUCAACUACAUGCAUUUACUCAUGUUAGCAUCAUAUUUAGAAGAGACACAAGUUUUAGCACUGAUUUAUCAUUUCUUUUAAAUUCGUCAUACAUUUUAUUUCUUGUUUGUCUGUUUUGACCAGGUUUUAUUUUUUGUAAAACACCCACGCCAACCCAUUUUGCACUUUACUUUUCAUCAUUUUCUGCAUUAGUAGUGUUCAUUUGAUAUAUUUUAGGGCAUUAGAUUAGAAUUAAAUGCUAUGUUGUUUGAUGUAAUGGUCGAAAAAAAUGUAAUGAUCUGUCAAUGCAAAUAAAAAUG